GACAGAACUAGGUUCGAAUAAUAACUAUAUAAUUUGCUGUCCCAAGUAAAAAAAAUUUUGACUACGCCCUUGAUUGUACAGAUGCCGACAACGACCACAAAAGGCACGAUGAGGUAUGGGAGAAAACCCGAGGCUGGACGUCAUGUGAUGAGGUUAUGUUGGUCUCUUUACGAUUUCAAUUAUUGGAGUAUAGCCGUAGGACCAUCAGAAUUAGGAUGCGACAAUGUCACACGCGAUCAACGAGCGUCCCCUAUUUCUUUUUCUUGAGUAAAAUAAAACGCAUCUGUGUAUUAUUUAAUAAUACAAUAGAGGUCGACGAUAAUUAUUGGCUUCAUUGCCCACCGCAUAUAAUCAUUACAUUAUUAAAGCAGUUUUACAAUUGGGGAGCACAGUGCACAGAUCUUCAAUCUAAUUGAACUUGUGCAGCAUUCAGCCAUGUCCACGCCCAAUUCCAACACCGCUCAAGAAGAAGAAGCAGCGGCAGACAUCACCACCACCAACAAAGAAGAACCAACAACCAUCACUUGCAAAGCGGCAGUGAUAUGGGGAGAGAAUGAGGUUCCAAAGGUGGAGGAGAUACAAGUGGAAGCUCCAAGAAAGGGCGAAGUGAGAGUGAAGAUAUAUUUUGCCAGCAUUUGCCACACCGAUGUACUCGGCUGCAAGGGAUUCCCCACGCCAUUGUUUCCCAGAGUUUUAGGCCAUGAAGGUGUCGGGUAAGUUCGAGUCAUCUCUUCUCUUGUGAGUUUAUUAUUUAUUAAUGAAUGCAUCCAAUUCCAGACUGUAUGUAUGAAUAUCAAUAAUCAAUCAGUGUUGUUUGUCGCAUAAUGAAUGAAUGAAUUAAUUAGGACUGUUGAGAGCGUUGGAGAAGGAGUGAAGGACCUGAAAAUCGGUGACCUUGUGAUCCCGACCUAUCUGGGGGAGUGCGGAGAGUGUGAGAACUGCAGAUCCGAAAAGACCAACCUCUGCCAAACAUACCCUCUGCAGGCCUUCACGGGCCUAAUGCCAAGGGACGGGAGUAGCCGAAUGUGGGCGCGCGGACAGCCUGUGUACCACUUCCUUAGUUGUUCCACGUGGUCGGAGUACACUGUCGUGGAUGUCAACUACUGCGUGAAGAUUGACAGCAGGAUGCCUCUUCCACAUGCCAGCUUCCUUUCAUGUGGUUUCACUACCGGAUUUGGGGCCGUCUGGAGGGAAGCUCGGGUCCACAAGGGAUCAACAGUUGCUGUCUUGGGUCUUGGAGCUGUUGGCCUAGGAGUGAUAGAGGGAGCUCGACUUCACGGGGCGUCUCAAAUUAUAGGGAUUGACAUAAAUGAGAACAAGCGUGCAGUUGGAGAGGCGUUUGGCAUGACUCAUUUUAUAAACCCCACCAAAACGGACGAUAAGUCCAUUUCGGAUUUGGUUAAACAAUUGUCAGGAGGCUCUGGAGUGGACUACAGCUUCGAGUGCACAGGAGCUGCUCGAUUGAUAAACGAAGCCCUUGAAGCCACUAAAGUCGGAAUCGGCAAAAUGAUGAUGCUUGGAGCAGUAACCGAAAAAUGCGUUGAGAUCGACUUUGUCACUUUGUUGAGUUGCAGAACAUUCAAGUAUGCCGUCUUUGGCGGUGUUAGAGUCCAAUCAGAUCUUCCCCGUCUCAUCCAAAAAUGCAUCAACAAGCAAGUUAAAAACUUAGACAAGCUUCUUACGCAUCACUUGUUUCUAGAGGAUAUCGAUAAGGGAUUUGAAAUGCUGAAAGAACCACAAUGCGUCAAGGUUCUAAUCUCCAUAGCUCGCUAAAACUAAUUGCCUGUCUCACGCUUCACUCUUGUAUUCACUUUGAGUUGAUCCAGUUGUAAUUUUCCCUUGUAUUUUGAGAAUUUUCACUAGUACUAUCACAGCACAAGGAACGCGUGUUGAAUAAGGGUUAAAUAAAGAUGAAUAAGAAAACAGAACAAGACAAGUAAUGUAGGCUAAAAAUUGAAUAUGCAGAAAUUUAUGGUGGCCGUGCGGUUACUUUUGAUUCUUGUGUGAUAAAAAGGAAAACUGCCAAGUUAUUAGAGAUUUAAAAGUGGAAAAGAAAUGAGCUCGGUUUCGGGAAGCAGAUUGCAAUCUUCUCUGCUGCUUGGUACAUAAAUGAGUGAUGAUCUAUGGAAGUGAAACUAUGGGCAUGGGGUAGAGGAAACAUCUUGACUGCCUAUCGUUAAAAAGAAAUUUAGGUACACCUCACCUCAAUCAAUAGAAAUUAUAUCCAUUUUUUUUUUUUCAUGAAAGAAGCUAUGUUCGAACAAGUGGAG